GAAGGUUGCACUUAAUACUGGAACUACAAAAAUUUAUUUUUGAGAAUAUUAUGCGUAGUGACUAAACAUUUAUCAGCAAACAAACUUUUUUAAACAAGACAUUCAAAUUAAUAAUGGAAAAAUCAAUUACAAUCUCAACUUUAAAAUCUUUAAAAACACGUUUGUUUAAUGAAACUUUAACGUAUACCUCAACUAGCGCCACAAUGACAGAUGAUGUCAUAGUGGCAAACGCAAUAGAAAGAAUAAAUGUGACACUUAAUUGGAGCAGUAAAAUUGUUCUUCCUCUUUUGGUGGCGUUUUUCAUUUUGAUGUUAGGUUUUUCUUCAUGGCUAGUUUAUUUAGUAUGGAAAGCGAAGCUACGUCAAACAUCAUCAAGUAAGCCUAAAAUAGAAACUGAUGCUACAACAUUUUACGAAGUUGUAAACCCUGUAACAAAUAUCGAAGACGCGGCAUACUUAACAAGUUCUGAAGCUGUAAAAAAGAAAGAACAUGAAGAUGUUGACAAUACUAUUCAAAGAUAUGAAGCUAUAAAAAAAUGGAACAAUUAUGGUAAAGAAGAAACAAAAACUUCGAAAAUUAAAUCAGCUACAAUAAAUGUUUAUAUUAAUAAAGACACCGUUGAAGAAAAAGAUAAAGACACCCUUGAGAAAAAAGAUGUAAAAAAAGUUGCGAAAAACAAAAAUGACACAAAAAAAUCAAACAUUCAAAAAAAGUAAUUGAGAAAGCAAGUGACGCAAGAUUUUUGAUACUUAUUUUCAAAAAAUUUCGUGAAUAACUAAAUAAAAUUGACAAUUUUUUUUACAAUAUAUCAUCUCAGAGAACAGCGCUUUGAGUUCGUAAUCAUAUAAAUUGGCUGGGUUUAAUUAUUUUUGUAGAAUAAAUGCCAAUUUUAAUCCAA